AUGAUGUCGACCCCCGUCCCAUCCAGCUUAAACGUCCCGACCACGCAAAACACCGCGCCCGUGAUCAAGUUCCGAUGCCUGUUCACCCGCGAUCUGCGGCGCAAAGCCAAACGCUGGCAAGAUGGGUACCUCCGAUUCCACACGUUCAACAAGCGGGUCAUGGUCUACGACACGACGGGAAACUUCGUCGGAGACCUGCAUUGGCGGCAUGACGAAAGCAUCCAGGAUGGCGACGAGCUGGAGCUGGACCGAGGCCUGAUAAUCCAAGUAUGCGAGUCGAUGGAGAAGACAGAGACCGAUAUCUCGGCUCUCUACGCGAAAAAGCCCAGUCAAGGGUCUCCAUCACGUCCGGUUGAUCCCGCGACCCCCUCCGCCCGCUCGCCUACCCCCUUGCGAUCAUCUCUCUCCUCACAACCGUCGCGGUCGUUGAACGAUCUUUUGGGGAUCAAAAAGACCCCGAUCGGACAUCUGGUUUCUCCCCACGCAGACAGAGCCUCGACACGGUUAGACAAGGUUGAUCAACCGGUAUUUCAGCCAGCUCCCAAGCGCCAGAAGACGGCUUCCUUCGAUAGUCAACCGCGCCCGUCGCUGCCUGCCCGUUCAAGCCGAGCCCAGCCCAAGGUCAUUGACUUGUCCGAGUCACUCGAUUCUAUAGAACAGCGCGCGUCGAAAAAUACCCCUAGUCGCAUUGAAAAACCUCGGAGGGAUCCGAUUCCCUCAAGCGUCACGCCCACCUCGCUGUUCAUUGCCGGCACAAAGCCGAAAACCGCUACUGAGAACCCCGGGAUUGACAAACCUCGGCCUGCCGCCAAUAAUGUUCUAAGGGCGCCAUCACGUAUCCCCACGGACCGACCUGUUAAUACACUACGACUCUCAAAUGAAAAGCCGCGUAAAAAGUUGAUGUACAGUGCGCUUUUGCCUAAUCAAGCGCCAUCGAAAGCGUCCACCACGGUGCCGUUAUCGGAAAAGACCAAUAGGCUCGCACGGGACAAAUCGCAGGAUGCGCCGAUGAUAAAUCCAAAUCGUCUCCCGCCAAAUCCUGACUUCACACCCUCCGCUUCCACGCAAUUUGCCCUGGAUGAAAUGAUCGAUGAUUCCGUACAUCCCAAGACAAAGGCUCCCUCCAAACCUGUGUCCUCUCGACCAUCGGCGCCGUCUCCGUUGCUUUCAGCUGCCAUCCGCCACAAUGCCCAGGCGCAGGGUCUCCCGACGAGUAGAUCUUCGACGGGGCUUCGCAAAUCGUAUUCAGAUCCGACCGCGUUGACAAGCGCAAACAGUCUACAAAGUCGACCGGCCCUUUCCAAAAGCCCGCUAAACACGGACAAUGAUGAUACCAAUCACGAGCAAGGACCCUGGACGACCGAAGCUCUCGAUCUCUUCGACUUUUGGCCGCCGGGACGUCCCAAGCCUGGUUAG